AUGCAGAGUACCCUUACCUUGCGCAAGGAAACCUCCUGUCGGAGACAUAAUGCGAGGGAGUUAGUUCCCGAGGCCUACAGGCGAGUGGUCGUCGGUCCGCCUAUCCUUGGUGGAAGCACCAAGGACAGUGAGAUCCGCUGUAACUAUAAGGACAUACACCGUGAGGACGCCCCUGUACAGCACGUAACGGAAUCCGUUGAGCGCCUGGUUGUCGACCCCGUCAUCCGUGCUGCUCCUUGGGACGCGGAGCGGCUCCGAAGUCAAGAGCAAAAGCCCCAGGCAUGCCUGCUACUGAUCAGCGAAAGUGACGUGUCUCGCUCCGUGUUGGCGGCUGCCAGUCUACGAGUGAUGUUACAGGAUGCGGGGCUGGAGGGGCAAGUGGAGCUGGCCACGUGUGGUACACGUCCCUACAACCUGGGUGAGGGGCCGGAGCCAGCAGUGGUUGCCGCGGCCGAGGCAAUGGGGUUGGAGCUGCCGGCACAGCACGCCGCGCGGCUGUUUGACCCGGCGAACGACAUUGUGUCGUACGAUUUACUACUCGUCAUGGACAAGUUCACGGCGGGCGAUGUGAUGCGCGAGGUGUCCUCUUUUGAACUCAUCAACCGCACAGCCCAGUUCUCGUACAAGGUACGACGGCUGGGGGAGUUCCUGCCGGCUCCAGAGGCUCAGGAGCCCCCAGCAGUCAUGCAGUACAGCACCGCGGGUGACGAGAUGGAUAUCGAGGAUCCAUUGUACGGCAACGUUGGCGGGGAGGAAGAAGAGCCGCGGUCAUCAACUGCCAUGAACCUGUAUUAUUGGUGCUGCAAACUGCCCGUCAACUGCCAACCGCCAACUGCCGGGCGCGAGGAGCAGCAAGCUGUCAUGCGGACAGCACGGAAGAUUUGGAAGUCUUGUCGUGGCCUCGUGGGCCUUUUGCUGGAGCUGGGGGCGGUGGAGGCGUCAGAGGUUGCAGGGGAGCGGGAGCAGUCCCCGUGCAGGCCGCCUCUCGGUCCGGCUCUGCGGUCCCGGAGUGGAUCAGAACAGCCUGCCGGCGUUCUGAAGGAGGGUUGGCUUGAGAGGGGAGCUGUUAUCGGUGCCGGAGCUGCGGGCCUGGCAGCCGCCCGCGAGCUGCGCGACGAAGGCCAUGACGUGACUGUUCUGGAGCAGUCGCCGUACGUGGGCGGCGUGUGGCGCUAUGACCCCCGUACGGAAACUGGGGACCUCCUGGGUGCCAAUCCAGACCGGUCGCGUGUCCACAGUAGCAUGUAUGAGAAGCUUCGUACCAACUUACCGCGCGAGCUGAUGUCCUUUGUGGACUUCCCCUUCGAUGCGGCGUUCCUAGGGCCCCGCUACUCAUCCGACCCACGGCGCUUCUGUGGACAUGCAGAGGUCCUAGGCUACCUGGAUGCCUUUGCGGACUACUUUGAGCUGCGGGCCCUUGUGCGGACGCGCACACGGGUGCUCAGCGUACAGCUUGCAGAGGAGGCGGCCGCCGAGGGGGCCGCCGCAGCAGCUGCUGCAGCAGGCCCGGAAGAUCGCUGCCAGCAUUUGAAGCAGCAGCAGCAGGAAGCCGCGGGGAAAGCAGCGACGGAACCGUUAUCUCCGCGGUUUGGCUUUGUGGUGACUUCGGAGUGGCUGGGCCCCGAUGGUGGGAGCAACAUCGCCGAGCAUGCGGCGGCAGCAACAGCUUCACCAUCCCGGGACCGGAGCCAGGGGCAUGGGGACGGACAGGAGGCUGUUUCCAACGACCGUGAUGGCGGGGAAAAGCCCCAGGCAGCUCGGCUCCGAAACCAACAGCAGCAGGAGCUGUACGACGCGGUGGUUGUAUGUAACGGGCACUACAGCGAGCCGCGCCUCCCUCAAGUGCGCGGCAUGUACGGCAGUGGCGGCAGUUCUCCCUGUGACCGGGGCUUCCCAGGAGAGCAGCUACACAGCCACAACUAUCGGUCCGCUGAGAAGCUGCGGGGAAAGGUGGUGUUGGUGGUGGGUGCAUCCAACUCUGGGGAGGACAUCAGUCGGGAGCUCAGUGCUGGAGGGGCUGCCCGGGUGCUGCUUUCCGCCUGGUCCUGGAAGAACGAGGCCUGGGCCGCUGACACCGCUCCGUAUGGACCGGGGUCUAACAUCUACCGGUUCCCAAUGGUUUCGGAGUUGCACGCGGACGGGUCCGCCACGUUCACGGAUGGUCGCCGGGAGGGGCCCAUCGACGCUGUCAUCUACUGCACAGGCUACAGGUACUCUUUCCCCUUCCUGCGCGGCUCUGCUGCCGCGGCUGCCCGUGUGGAGGAUAAUUGCGUGGGACCCCUGUGGCUGCACAUGUUGCCCCCUGGGCCCCUGGCGCCCGGACUGUCGUUCAUAGGUCUACCCUGGAAGGUGGUGCCCUUUCCGCAAUUCCAGAUGCAAAGCAAGCUGAUAGCCAGAUUGCUGUCGGGCCGCGUGCCGCUUCCGAGCCAUGACCAGAUGGAGGCCGACAUCGCCGUUCAUUUCGAGGCUAUGCGGGCUCAGCAGCUGCCUAAACGGUAUACGCACAUGCAGGGCCAGCAACAGUUCAAGUACAACGACCUGCUGGCCAGGUGCUGUGGCCCAGACGUUGAGCCCCUUCCAUGGUGGCGGGCUGAGCUUAACCGGAUAGUAGGUAUGCAGCGGCGGGAGAGGCCUGAUGACUACCGGGAUGCUGAACUUGCGGAUGCCGGCAGCGAGGCGGCCGCUGCUCUAUCCGCUGCUUAUGCCGAUUUUGCAGUCCAGGUUGGGCGGCUUACCGGCCUUCACGGGGCCAGUUUGAGUGCCAGCGCAGCAGCAUUGGAAGUCAAACAAGCUGGCACGGGCACUGUAGUUGCCUGGCGCGAAGAGUGUAGGCGCGCUGGGGCCGCAUUAUGCGGCAGAUGGCCGCUGCCUCAAGCGUUAAAGAGCAGCGCGCAGCUGUGGACACCGCACUUAACCUUCAGUUGUGGAGGGCGACGGGGUUAGCUCCCAAAGCAUUGCAGUGUCCUCGCCACGUCUUCUCUUCUGAGCCGGACUAUGAACCCUCAUCGUCUGGCCAUACAGUAGAUGCGUUUCUAUUUCGAGUACCUCAACUGCCGCAGUCGGCGCAGUGCUUCUACAACGGGCCGGUCGACACUCUUCCAACGUAUGGGGACCAGGGCUUGCGCUUGUCGCGGCGUCCUUCUCGAGCAUUAGCACUUCCACCUCCUCCUCCUGCCUUAACAUAUUCUGGGAAGCAGCCGCGCGGAAAACCUUCCAUUGCAGCCAAAGGUGGAUAUGGUGCGACGACAUCUGCGGCAGCAGCGUCCUCGUGGUGUGAACCCCCCGAUCAUGAUGAUAAUGAUACGUUGAGCACGCUCCUGUCCCAAUGCCAGCGGCGCCAGCGGACGUUGAGGUCACGGCGACCGCGGCAUGAGCUGGCGCUUAUAUGGUCCGACAAGCCGACUGUUGUGUCGCUGUUAAAACCUGGACAGCCGACGGGAAAGGGGUUGAAAGCAUCUUCGUUGUCGCUCCGACAGGGCAGUCAGCAGCACUUGCAGCCGCACGGUUUGGAUGGUGUGAAUGCGGCCGGGUCGUCGGGCGGCUCAGUGUCGUCCGGGACCACCAGCUUCGGUGCGGUGGCGCUGGAUGGGAAGGGGCAACCGUUGAGUCCUAGCUCGCCGCUUUCCGAGUGGCGCGGGUAGAGACUGGCCGCAGGAGCAGUGCAGGUGUAUCGCUUGAAUCUGUCGAGAGCUGUACUCAAGUAGGAUUGUUUUAUAUACUGAACUGCUGGAAUUGUGGAUGUACAUCUCUUUAAAUGCAUGCGCGCAUCAUGUCUUGUAAUGCUGAAGUUGGAUCAUGCUACCAUGCACACAUACGCCAUGGCAUGAGCAUGGACCUAGCUGAAGACGCAAAGGUUUUUGAAUCCUGCCAUUAAUGGUCUCUGGGCAUGAUUUGUUGUGGGGACGUUUUCGGACUGGCGCAUAGGAGCGCGUCGAUUUUGCGUAUAGGGUGAGGACUGUCCUCUUAUGAGCCCCAGUGGGGGUGGCGCCAUUACAUGAUCCGAACACACAGUGUAACAAUAGCUGGCUAAUUCCUGUGUGUUUUACGAAUUGAGUAAUUUUACUCAAACGUUACAAAAUAAUUAAUCCUUUUAACGCUCAUGGUUGCAAUGAUAUGGAACCGACCUAAAGUGUGGACUCCUAAUAAUCUACUCUGCCCGAUACUUUCAACUACUUAGCACGUAAAGC